AUGUCGUCGACGAGCGCCCUCUGCUACCUCUACCUCUUCGCCCUCGCGGCACUUACCGCCCUCGUCCUCCAGCUCCCCACGCGGCUUUCCGAGCUGGUGCAGGUCGCAGGUGAUGUGUUCUUCCUCCUAUCCUUCCUCGCCGUGUCAUGCAUGGCGUUGAUUCCCUUCUGGAGCCGCCCCCCUCCAGCUCUAUUGACGGUCGCAGGUUACCUCUUGUUCUGGACGGUAAGGAUCUCGGUUGUUGUCAUUGACUUUGGCGUUCGUAGUGUAGGACUCUCCCUCGAGAUUGUCGACAGCAUUCUCCGCGACGAGGAGCUUCGGUCAAGACUCGAGCUGGCUGCGAUGAAGCUACGACGCAGGUACGCGAAGCAGCAAUCGACCCUCGCCGCCCUCAACGACGACAUUACCCGGGUCUGCAAGGAGCACAACGGACACUCUCGCGAGUUUCCGACUGUAUUUCGGCAUCGCGGACCCCGGCUUCUGUCUGCGGCAAAGGUACCCAGCACCGGAUGGACAGAGCCGCCCUUGCUUGUCAAGAUGUGUAAGUGCCCGAUCUCAUCUCUUACGUCGUUCACCUCAGCACUUCCCAUUUGCCCUCUGUCGCUUGCGUGUCGCAUAUGA